GUCGAACCCGCCGUCACGAUAGAAGCCGCGUAAUUUCCGUCCCAAAUACAGUCGAUUCCACCUAUACAAAGACUUUCGUUUGCACGCUCGGUGAUUGACCGGGCUGCCGGUUCGCCCUGUUCGACCCUUGCGCACGCUUCCGAAGGCACAAUCAACGCCGUUAUGUCCCGGUCGUCUGUCAAUGGAGCCAACGACAAAUCACUACUUUCCGCACCAGCGUCACCCCGAUCAUCCACGGGAGCUCUUUCGCGAAUGAAUUCCACGAUACGCGCCGUCUCCAGCUUCGACGACAGGAUAUCAGAGGACUCGAGUACCGAUACGGUUCCUACUUCCAAUACAGCUUCGCAAAACUCGACUCUUUCCAGCUCAGUAAACAGCUCUGUCAGCAUGGGUUCCGCCUCCCAAGACCAAUUGAAGGUACAGAAAGGAGAGAGCAAGACGCCUGCACCUACUGUAAAGCUGAGACCCAGUCCGUCGUUCAACAAUCUAUCAGAAAAGUCGGUAUCUAGCUUGGAUGUACCAAGGAGGCUAGGCACAAAAUCAAGCUUCGAGCUCCCAAAUCGAGACGGAAGCUUGAACGCGACAGCACCACCACAGAGUCCCAUGUCAGACAACGGGGGAUCCAGCAUGCAGGAAACAAUAAGCGCCACCGAGGCCAACCUUGCCGGGGGAUGGGACUCGACAAUCGGGAAAGCCGGGUUAGGCAAGACAGGGCGCGUCAUCAACAAACUGGUGUCCGACAACGAGACGCUGAAGCGCGACAUUCAAAUCGAAAGGUUACGGGCCGAAGAGUCGAAAAACGCAGCGAAACUGUUGGAAGACAAACUCGAGCGCAUGGUCGCAGAUUAUGAAAGCCGGUUACUAGAGGCUAACGUAACAAAGACACUCCUGGCGCGUAAGGAACGACAGGUAGCGAGCCUACAAGAGACUGUCGACCUGGAGCGGAAGCGGGCCAUGGACGCAGGCGAGCGUGAGCGGACGUGGAAGGAUGAGAUGGAACGUGUGAAGGCCGAUGCCAAGAAACAAGUCGACGAAGCAACCAACCUCGCAGCUCUUAUGGAGGGCCGUUAUAACGCCAUCAGCAGCCAUUGGAAGGAACAAGGGGAGGAAGUCAAGCGAACAGUGGCCAAGAUGCGAACUGAGAUCGCCAGUCUCCUAGAGGAGAGGAGGCGGGAUGACGACCGGAUAAAUACGCUACGCGAUUUAUGUGACCAACAGGAUGGAAACAUACGCGAGUUGAGGAAACAGAAGGAGGACAUAGCUGCGCAGUUUGAACGGUACAAGAUUGCGCAGGACGAGUCGCUAAAGGACAUCAAAGCCAAGGCAAGACAAAGGGAACUUGAACAGGAAAGGACACUUCAGGAAACCAAGGAGGUGUUGGAUAAACUGAAGUGGGCACUCAGUGUCAAGGAGAAAAUUGAGUGGGCUCAGUAGCCACAGGGUAGUCUACAGCGCGGUCGGCUUCUAUGUUUUCACACGCAAAGCUUGAGCUUCCCUG